AUGUUUGAAGAUAUUAAUAAUAGUGCUGGCACUUCGACAGAGAAUAUGAUUAAUUACGACCAUUGGGAAGAAGUAGUUGAAUCAAUUUCUAACCCGAUGUUAAUAACUCGAGAAAUGUUACUGACGGCAAGGAUCUCCGAUCAGAAGGAUGAAGUGUUUGGUUCGGAAAAAAAUUUUCAGGAGUAUUUUCAGCAAAAACUUAAAACGAAUAAAUAUUCACUAUUGAUUGAUCGUAAAGUUACAAUGGCUGAACUGGAAAUUAUUGUAAAUGACGGUUUGAAACUUCCAGAUUUAUUGAUACCAUAUCAUUCAGAUUUGAAGGCUCUUAAUGAUAAGAAAGAUAUCGAAACACGUAAACUCGAGAAAAAACUUCAAGAUGAUAUGAAUAUUAUCAAUAAAAUUGCAUGUAAAAUUUUAGAAGAAACAUAUAAAAUCUUUGAGAAAUUCAUAUCUUUAGAACAAGAAGAAGAAAAUUCAAUAAUUGAUGAUAAAACCGUUAAAAGAAUUAACCAAUCUUAUAAUGGUAUACAGACAGAAAUUUAUGAGGCUAUUAGUUACAUUGAUCAUACACAAUGGAAUGAUUAUAAGGCUCGAUUCAUCUUUGCUCAAAAUUAUUCUAGCAAUAAUUUAAUCUCAAAUAAUUCCAUAACUCAUGAACCUAUAGAAAAUACGAUCGUAGACAUAUUUUCGGAAAAGGAUAUCUUUUCUUUAAUAGACAAAUACACAAAAAAUACAAAUGAUCAAAGAAUUAUUAAAAGACUGACGAAUUAUGUAAAAGGUGGCAGUUCAAAUGUUGAUGAUAUCGUUCAAGGGGUGAAAGAUCGAGCCAAAAAAAUCAAAGACAAUGAAUUCGUGCAAGAAAUUUUGAAAAAUACUGGUGAUAAUAGUGAAUACAUCAUACAACAAUUUCAUAAAUGUUAUCAAGAUUGGAAAAAAACAAAAUUUCCAAAAAUUAUUAAUUCAAUAAUUCAGAAACACGUAGAUGGAAUUAAUCGAAAAAGUGAUCAAAUUUUUGAGACAAAACGAGAGCAAAUUUAUAAAAAAAAUUUUCAAUCAAUUUGUGAUCAAAUUGAAUCAAAUUGUUCAACAGGGAAUCUAUUAAAGGUUUUGGGUGUAAAAAUUACCGAUGUUGCAAUAAGUGAUAGAGAAGAUAUUGUUGAAGAAUUUCAUACAAAACUCUCAAAAAUCGUCUCUAUGACUUCUUGUGAAGAGCAACACACAAUACAUAAAUGUCAUGGCAGCACUUGUCCAAUUGUAUGUUAUGUUAAAAAUUGCGAAGAAAUUUGCGAAAAUUCGGAUCAUUUACAUGCUUUUGGGAAAAUUGUUAAUCACAUUUGUGGGACCUGUCAUUUUCGAUGCGACAAGUGCAAUAAGAAAUGUCAAAAAACCAACCGUCAUGAUGCAGGUCACGAUUGCUCAACAGACCAUAAAUGCCAUGCUAAAUGCCAAUUUACUAAUUCCGAUACACAUUUUGGUUGGAACUUGCCUGAAUGCAAUUUAUUCGCGGACCAUGAAGGCAUGCAUAGAUGCAUUCAAAUGCAUUCGUGUGAAGCUCCUUGUGUCCAUGCUGAUAAAAAAAAUUGUCAAAAAAGGUGUGCGAAGAAUGCUUUACAUCCAACGACCGAGAAGCACUUGUGUGAGGUCAAGGAACAUUAUUGUGGAGCUCCAUGUUCAUUAAAUGUUAAAACUCAUGGAGGACAUAAAUGUCAAAAUACUUGCAUCAUUCCAUGUGAUGAAGAACACACGGUUCAUAAAUGUCAAGGUGAGAUGUGCCCAAUUAAAUGUUCUUUUGAAAAUUGUAAAAGAUUUUGUGAAAGUUUGGAUCAUUUGCACGCUCUUAAAGAAAACGCCAACCAUAUUUGUGGAAAUUGCAAGAGUAAUUGUGUGAAAGUUUUUGGACAUCAAGAAAAAUCUGGAAAUGAAACACAUUUAUGUGAAUCUAAUAACCAUUAUUGUGGGGCUCCUUGUUCAUUAAUAAUUGACACUAUAAAUGGAAAAUAUCAUUGUCCAAAUAUAUGUAUUCUUACAUGCGAAAAAGAACAUACAUUGCAUAGAUGCUUAAGGAAAAAAUGUCCAAUUAAAUGCUCUAUUGAAGGUUGUGAAAAAUAUUGUGAAAAUUCUGAUCAUCUUCAUGCUCUUGAUAAAAAAAUGGAUCAUCUUUGUAGAUGUAAUGCUCGUUGUUUUUAUAUGGGCAAAGAAAAUUGCCUAUAUAAAUGUGCAAAAUUGCUUGGACAUGAAGAUAAAACGCACUUAUGUGAAUCUAAUAACCAUUUUUGUGGAGCUCAAUGUUCAUUACUUAUUGAUACUCCAAAUGAAAUAUAUAAGUGUAAUGGUGUUUGUAAUCUUGCAUGUGAAAAAGAACACACAACACAUAAAUGCCAAAGUGAUAAAUGUCCAGUUGAAUGUGGUAUCAAAGAUUGUGGAAAUCCAUGUAAUUUUGAUCAUUUUCAUGGUUUCGAACAAAUUGUUAAUCAUCUCUGUGGAAAUUGUCGAAACACUUGCGCUAAUACUCUUUGUCAUCGAGGUGAUCAUUUAUGUAAAGCUAAAAAACAUUAUUGCGGAGUUCAAUGUACAUCAAGUGAUAAUUCUCUCAGUUGA